AUGAAAUCCUCAGAAUUACCAGUAUUGCUCAUUUCAAAUGGUGUUCUUUUACCAGGCGCGGACUUGAAAAUUCCAAUUAAAAAUCGGAAUAAGUGAGUGGAGAAGUUAGGUGAACUUAUGAUAACUAUUGAAAAUUAUAGCAUUUUGACGAUUGAAAAAUAUUUGACAAAAUCGACGGGGAUUCAAAAUCAAGUUGUUGUUGCUUAUAAAUUGUCGACUGAAAAAGUAUAUGAAAUUGCAACUGUUGCUUAUGUGGAUAAGAUAUUUGGAUGGACUUUUAAUAAUGUUGUGCAGGUUGGGACAUUACUUUUUCAAAAAAAAUCCCAACCUUCAGAGAAAAAAAUAUGCAGUGCGUAAAAAAUCUAGGAAAAUUUACGUUUCAAAAUUUUCAUAAUUGUUUUUCUGGAACUAUCAAUUCUGAUCCUUUUCGCAUUCUUGCUUUCUAGAUAAGGUUGAGAUUUUUUGAGUUUCAAAGGAAUAGGAAUUCUAUUGCCAAUUCAAAAAUUUGAAAAAUCAACCGAAACCCAAAUGAAGUCUUAGCCUAACCCUAAUAAUUUGAUUUUUCAGUAUUCAAUUCAUGUGGUUGGUCUUCACCGAGCAACAAUUCAAAAAUUAUCAUUACCAACUUGCAUAAUUUCGAAAAUCGAGGAACCAUCUGGUACUAGAUGUUAUUUCGUAUUUCUAAACUACGAAUUAUUUAUUUUCAGCAAUUCUUGAACAUUCUCAACUUGAAAUCCUUCUCAAAUCCGCCAAAUAUAUUGCUGAAAAUUCGACGAAUGAAAGAAUCUCAUUCGAUAUUUACAAUUUGAUGGAAGAAAAGGAAUACGGUAGAUUGACUGAUUUGUGUGUUUCCCAAUUAAAACAACAAAAUGACGUGGGAUAUGCGCAAUUAUUGGAAUAUUUGACAAUUUUGGAAAUUGAUAAACGUGUGGAAUUAUUGGAGAAAUGGACGAAGACAAGGAAAAGUUUGAAAAUUAGUGCGGAAAAUUUGAAUAUUGAUGAUAUUCAAACUAAAAUGAGUGGAGCGAAACAGAAUCUGAGACCGAGAAAAAUUCCGAAUUCAAAAAAUUCGAUCGAAGUUUUGGAGGAGAAAUUGAAUGCAAUUGAGUUUCCAGAAAAUGUUACGGUUAGUUUAUUAAUUUUUUUCUAGGGGAAGGUUUUUGGCACCGCAAGUUUUCUGGUACAAAUUUUUUAGGUUCUCUAUUUUUUUUGGAACUUUUUUAAUCUACAAAAUCUUCAAUUGUCUAGAAAGCGUGGGAAUAAGAAGCCAUCAGAAUUGAAAAUUCCAGAGAAAAAAUUAUGAAAAUUUUGAAACGUAAAUUUUCCUGGAUUUUUUACGCGUCAGAAAUACCUUCAUUCUCUCAGGAUCGCGUUUUCUCUGAAUUGGCACGUUUGAAAUCAUUGAACUCGUCUCAAAGUGAAUAUAAUAUUCUAGUUGGAUGGCUUGAAUUAGUUGCAGCUUUGCCUUGGAAAACUUCGACAAUUGAUGAAAUUGAAAUAUCUAAGGUUUUCAUUUUUUUUCCUAAAAUAAUUACUCUAAAAAUUUCUAGGCUCGUCGAUAUUUGGAUGAAUCGCACGAUGCAAUGAAUGAUGUAAAACAACGAGUUCUCGAACAUCUCGCAGUUUGUAAAAUGAACGAAUCAGUUCGCGGAAUGAUUCUCUGUUUCACUGGUCCGCCAGGAAUCGGAAAAACGAGUAUCGCAAAAGCGAUUGCACAAUCGAUGGGACGAAAAUUCGAGAGAAUAUCACUUGGCGGAAUUCGAGAUGAGAGUGAUAUUCGAGGACAUCGACGAACUUAUGUGGCUGCGAUGCCGGGAAGAAUUAUUGAAGCGUUGAAGCAUGCGAAAACUGAUAAUCCCGUGUUUUUGUUGGAUGAGAUUGAUAAGUUGUAUUCGGGAAAUCAGGGAAGUCCAAGUGCAGCACUUUUGGAAUUGUUGGAUCCAGAGCAAAAUAAAGAAUUUCAUGAUCAGUAAGUUGAUUUUUUCAAGGAGGAAAACUGAAUCUAGGAUGUACAGAAUUGAGUUGAAUGCCAUGUGGACUUUCUAGCCUCCUGAAAAUUCCACAUGCAUUUUCUAGCCUUCCGAUUAUGCUACGUAGAUUCUAUAGCCUCCUGAAAAUACCACGGGGAUUCUAUAGCCUCCUAAAUAUGCCACGUGGUUAUUAUAGCCUCCGUAAAAUUCUGUGUGGAUAAAAUUCUAGCCUCCCUAAAAUGUCUACGUGGAUUUUCUGGCAGUUUUUGAAUCGGACCAUCUCUGAUUUUUUGAGAAAAAUUUUGAAUUGAAGUAACUUUUUGAAUUUUCCGAUUGAAAAUGCUUUCAAAAAACAUUCAAUUCAGUUUUUUUCUCAAAAUCAACCUCAAAAAUUAGCGAUUUCUUGCGAAUCUUCGAAAUUCCCGUUCUCCUCCUCUGAAUCUGCCAAUCAAUAAUUGUUCCAGUUACCUCAAUAUUCCAUUUGAUGUUUCCAAAAUAAUGUUCAUCGCAACAGCCAAUGAUAUUUCAAACAUUGAACCAGCUCUUCGAGAUCGUCUUGAAAUCAUCGAAAUGUCCGGAUAUACGUUGAAAGAGAAGACAAAAAUAUGUCAAAAUCAUUUGUUGCCUCGACAAUUGUCGAAACAUUGUAUCUCACCAGAUUAUGUCAAUUUAGAUCAACGAGCAAUUGUGACAAUGAGUAAGUUACUCAUACUUUUUUCUUUGAAAAGUCUUUAACAACCCGAAUUUUGCAGUCGAAGAAUAUACAAUGGAAGCAGGAGUUCGGCAACUUGAAAGAAAUAUCUCAGCAAUUUGUCGAAAUGUUGCGCUAAAACUAGCCGAAGCUUUGAAUUCUGAUUUGGGAGCUGACACUCUUCCCGAAUUCGAACUUCCAAUCAACAUUUCUGAACCACAAGUUCAUCAAAUCCUAAAAACCAAACAAGCAAAAAGAAUUCGAAUUGUUGAAAGAAUGUCACCACUUCAACCUGGAACUGUUUUCGGAUUAAGUGUUACAACAAAUGGUGGAAGAGUUAUGCCAAUUGAAGCAUCAAAAAGUGAAGGAAAGGGGAAAAUUGUGACAACUGGACAUUUGGGAAAAGUAUUAGAGGAAAGUAUUUUGGUUGCAAAAGGGUGGUUGGCUGCGAAUUCGGAGAGAUUGAAUAUUAAAAGUUUGAAAGAUUUUGAUGUUCAUGUUCAUUUACCAGCUGGUUAGUUGGUUAUUUAUUCAACAAUUUUUGAGCAGCAGCUUAUAAUAAAUAUCCUAUUUUCUAGGAAGUAUAAAUAAAGAUGGUCCAUCGGCUGGAACUGGUCUUGCUUGCUCACUCGUCAGUCUGGCAAUGGAUGUUCCGAUUCGAAGUGAUGCUGCAAUCACCGGCGAAAUAUCUUUAACUGGACAUGUUUUGCCGAUUGGUGGAGUUAAAGAAAAAGUAUUGGCUGCACAACGAGAUGGGCUUCGUCGAGUUGUUUUGCCUCGAUCGAAUUAUGAAGAAGUUGAAAAGUUGGACAGCGAUUUGAAAAAUGAGAUUGAAAUUGUAUUAGUUGAUACGAUUGAGGAAGCGAUUGAUGCGAUGAUAAGGAAAAGUCCAGUUUUGGCGAAAUUGUAG